AUUCUUUUCAAUUUGAUACAGAUUCAUUCUCUUCUCUUCCUCCUAAAACUAGAGUUGAUAUAGAAUAUGAAGAUGAUUGGUCUGAAUGUAUUGAGUCUUGUUCUGUUCAUAAUUUUGAUGUUGUUACAGAACAUUUGUCUUGCUGACAACAAUGGCAAUCUUGACAACCUUCUGAAUCAGCUGGGUGCAAGUGGGCCUAACAGUGGAUUCUACAAAACCACAGCUGGGGAGAAGUCAGACAAGAUUUAUGGUCUUGUGCAGUGUAGAGGGGAUGUUUCUGCAGCAAACUGUGCUAACUGCACAAGCAAAUCCAUAGCUGUUGCCUUGCAGGAUUUUCCCGUGAGCAAAACGGUUAAGGUUUGGUUCACAUCGUGCUAUCUUCGGUAUUCUGACCAGCCUUUCUUUAGUGUGUGCAAAUUAGACGCUGAUAUUUCAGGCUGGAGUGCUGGCUGGGUGUUGGAGAUAGCGGGAACAGUCAUCGUAUGGUCCAGUGCGCCAGGGAUAUUAUCAGAGCUAACUGCAGCAAGUGCUUGGAUGCUCAGCUGAUGAUUUUUAAAACCAUAGUUGGAAAAUAUAGAAGAUGGGAGAUUUAUGGGUAUAGUUGUAGCAUGUGGUACUAUGACUAUCAAUUCUAUUUCAACAUCUCUACCUCUUCUAAUGAUGGUAAAUUACAUAACUGCAUUAAUCAUUAUUUUUCCAUGAUCUUGAAGUUAUACUUGCAUUAUGUGAAUAAUGAAUGAAACUACGCUAU